ACCCUGUAAAAGGGGCGAACCCAACAAAAUAAGCGAUAAAGAGAGAGAGAGAGCAGCUGCCACCCUCUAUAAACUUUUCGAAUCUAGGGUUUUCUUCAGAGUCGUCACGCACAGUCCUACACCUAAAAUCUCAAAAUCUGAUCUAAAUUUCACAAAAUCUGGAAUUCAACCAUCAUCACAGGCCAAAAAUCGUCGUCCAAAUCUUGAUCUGAAAACCCUAACAUUUCAGUUAUUCCUUCUCACCGCCGAUUUCUUUACCAUUCGAUCUAUAAAUCUGGAAAGGAAAACGGACAGAUGAAUAUACAGCUAAAGGAGAAAGGGUAUUUGGUUGAUUGAUCUAUUGAAAUAUUGAAAAAAAUUUCUCCAAAAUUGCCCGACGUUGCGAAAUCGGGGGAAUUGACUGAAAGAAAUUCAAUUUUUUUUUUUCAUUAUACAUCUCUCUGUAUUUUUCUCUUUAAAGAUUAAUUUUGGGUGGAUAAAUGUAUGGAAAAGUGGUGGUGGUGUAUGAAGGGGAGAGAUUGCUGGGAGAGGCAGAGUUGCAGCUGCAAGACGGCGGCGCCGGAUUGUUUAAGGCGGAGGAGAUUCGGGAGAUUCGCGUCUCCCAUUUCUCGCCGCCGAGUGAGCGGUGUCCGCCACUCGCCGUGCUACAUACCGUAAACUCCGCCGGAAUAUGCUUCAAAUUGGAAUCUACAGCCAAGAAUGUGGAAUCGCCGCUUUCUGUUAUGCACGCCACCUGCCUCAGACAGAACAAGACGGCUGUGGCAUCUAUUGGAAGAGAGGAGAUUCAUUUGGUGGCAAUGCAUUCAAGAAACUAUGGACAGACCCCUUGUUUUUGGGGGUUCAAUGUGGCAUCAAGUCUGUACAAUUCUUGCCUUGCUAUGCUAAAUCUCAGAUGUCUUGGCAUUGUAUUUGAUCUUGAUGAAACAUUGAUAGUUGCAAAUACAUUGCGUUCGUUUGAGGAUAGGAUAGAUUCACUGCAGCGAAAAAUAAAUUGCGAGACUGAUCCACAGCGCAUUGCUAGCAUGCUAGCAGAGGUUAAGCGCUAUCAGGAUGAUAAAUAUAUUUUGAAGCAAUAUGCGGAAAGUGAUCAGGUAAUAGACAAUGGGAAGGUAAUCAGGUCAGAGUCUGAGGUGGUUCUCGCUUUGUCAGACAAGCAACAAACAAUUGUUCGUCCACUCAUCCGACUACAAGAUAGAAAUAUUGUUCUUACUCGCAUUAAUCCACUGAUACGUGAUACAAGUGUUCUUGUGAGAUUAAGACCUGCAUGGGAGGAUCUUAAAAACUACUUGAUUGCUAAAGGCCGAAAGCGCUUUGAGGUUUUUGUUUGCACUAUGGCAGAAAAAGACUAUGCCUUAGAAAUGUGGAGACUUCUGGAUCCCGGUUCGAAUUUGAUAAACCCAAGGGAGCUUUUGGACCGCAUUGUGUGUGUCAAGUCUGGUUGUAAGAAGUCACUGUUCCAUGUUUUUCAAGAUGGAAACUGCCAUCCUAAGAUGUCCUUGGUAAUCGAUGACCGUCUAAAAGUGUGGGAUGAGCAAGAUCAACAGAGAGUGCAUGUUGUUCCUGCAUUUACACCCUAUUUUGCACCUCAAGCUGAGGCCAACAACAGUAUCCCUGUGCUCUGCGUAGCAAGAAAUGUAGCUUGCAAUGUCAGAGGUGGUUUUUUUAAAGAGUUUGAUGAGGGUGUAAUGCAAAGAAUUUCUGAGGUUGCAUAUGAAGAUGAUAUCAAGAACUUGCCUUCUGUACCUGAUGUGGGCAACUACUUAGUUUCCGAGGAUGACCCAUUGGGUUCUAAUGGCAACAAGGAUUCAGUUGCUUUUGAUGGAAUGGCAGAUGCUGAGGUGGAAAGGAGAUUGAAGGAGGCAAUGUUAGCUUCUUCAACUGCUCCUAAUGCAAUUAUGAAUUUAGACUCAAGAAUAGUCUCAGCUCUCCAGUUUGCCACACCUUCAACGUCUUUUGCAGUUCAUCCACCAACUAUACAAGGGCCAGCAAUGCCUUUGCCAAGUAAGCAAUUACCUCAAGUUGCAAAACUGUUUAGAACACCAUCAGCUGGACCUGGGCAAGCAGAAAAGACAUUGCACAGUUCUCCUGCGAGGGAAGAAGGUGAGGUACCAGAAUCUGAAUUAGAUCCUGAUACUAGGAGGAGACUGCUCAUUUUGCAACAUGGUCAAGACAUGAGAGAACAGCCUCCAAAUGAAAAUCAGUUUCCUGCUCGACCGCCUGCACAGGCACCCUUACAAAGAGUUCGUCCACAAGGUUGGUUUCCUGCUGAAGAGGACAUGACCCUGAGACAAUUGAACCGGGUGUCACCACCUCUGGAGUUCAAUGCUGAGGCUCUUCCAAUUGACAAUAAUCAGGCUCGUAAGUCAACCUUUCUACAUGAACUGCAAACUUCCAUCCCACCUGCCAGGGUUCGUGAGAACCAGAGGCUGCCGAAGGAGGAACUCCCACAACAAGACCAUUUAAGAUUGAAUGGACCAUUGCCUGAUUUUCGUUCUAUUUCUGGUGAGAAUAGUCCUGUGGCUCAAUUGUCUUCAUCAAACAAGGACCUUGAUCUUGAAGCUGGGCAAAUUGAUCCAUCUAGUGCAACUUCUGCAGGAGUUUUACAGGACAUUGCUUUUAAGUCUGGAACACAGGUGGAGUUCAGGCAAGCUUUAGUAUCGAGCACAGAACUGCAGUUCUCUGUGGAGGUUUUCUUUGCUGGUCAGAAAAUUGGCGAAGGAAUUGGUAGAACAAGAAGGGAAGCACAAUGUCAGGCUGCAGAAGGAUCUCUUUUCUAUUUGGCUGAUAAAUACUUGUCCCAAGUUAAUCAUGAUUCCAGCAACAUGCCUGGAAACGGGAUUAGUCAUGGUAGACUGAAAGACAAUUAUCUCAUUGAUGAUGUGAGUUCUCGUGAGGCUACACCCUCAAGAGCAUCAGUGUCACCAAGGAUUCUAGACCUGAGAAUUGAGGCCUCCAAGAAGUCAACAAACUCAAUAUCUGCUCUUAAAGAAUUAUGCAUGAUGGAAGGCCUUAGCUUAGCAUAUCAAACCCAACCUCAGUUCUCAGCUCAUUGGGGCCAGAAAAACGAAGUGUAUGCCGAGGUUGAAAUUGACGGGCAAGUACUAGGCAAAGGAAUUGGGUUAACAUGGGAUGAAGCUAAAUCAAAGGCUGCAGCGACAGCUCUUGGUGCUGUGAAAUCCAUGUUUGGUCAGUAUCCUCACAAACGCCAGGGUUCUCCGAGAUCUAUGCAGGAGAUGUCGAGUAAGAGGCUGAAACCAGAACCCUCGCGAGUGCUGCAGCGGAUGCCAUCAUCCGCCCGUCCCCCGAAGAAUGCUCCUCCUGUUCUGUGAACCUCUGCUUCACUAUUCUGCCUUCUCACAAAAGCGCAGUGCCAGAAUGGGCAACGUGAUGGGGAAUUCUAUGAACUGGGUGGCUGAGAUUGAACUGCAGCCAUCAAGUUUGCUCGUGGCCCUCGUCUCUGGCUACCGGCUAGACUUGCAGAAGCCGACCCUGCCCUUUUGUUUUAGUCGCUUCGUGCUUCUAGCGGAAAAUUUGUUGGAAUAAAUAGUUUAUUUAAUGCCAUAAUUGCUUUGGUAAUUAAUGGAAUUAAAUGAUAUUUUUGGAAUCUA